AUGUGCCUCAAAAUCUGCCUUCCGAAAGUCAGAGAUCAGACUGUCACCGACAAAGAGCGGAAGGAGCUCUUCCAGCUCGCGCAAAGUCUUUGGACACUGAUGCGGCAGUUCAUGCCUGCAGAGGUACCAUCAGACGUGAUUUGCUAUCCCUUGGAGAAAUCGAUGCUGCUUGGGCAAGUAUCGCACAAAACCACCGGACACGAUAAAAUCUUCAACAGCAAGCAAGUGCUGCAUGUGGCACUUCGGCGUCUUGCUCUGAAGGCUUGGGAUACUUCCCGUCUGAGCGGUGGUGCCCGGAGCCAGAUUUUAAGAGAGAAGAGACAAGAUAAAGGAGGCAACUUGAAAUAUUUCACCGAUGCGGCAUCAUCACACCCAUUCUCUGCAAGUGAUGCCAAUACAUCACUCGACAGUCUGUCGGAGAGCAUUGGUUUCGAAGCGGGUCCCAAUUCCGAGAUCAAUGUAGACGAUUGGAUAUUUUAG